UCACCUUGGCCGUCUACGACGACUACAGCAGCGCGGCAAGCCAGACAGACAAAGAGCUGUACUUGCAGCAGAGGUCUACUCACAAGGGAGCCCCGUCUCCUCACCAAUCCAGCACCACCUACGCCAUCUCCAACCUUCUUGUCACUUGCCUCCCCAACCUCGCAACGCGGAGACUCCACUUGACGACACCAUGAGCGCAAACGAUCCCAACACACUGCACUCUUCAGAUUUCGAGCUCGAUGAUGACCAGCUCGAAGCACCACUCAUGAGGCCAGCCUUCAUGGCAGGCCCAUCAAGGUCACCAUACCAUCUACCAGCGAGCGAACAGCUGCGUGGCGUCGCAAAUCGUAUCAUCUUCAGUCGCUACUACAUUCUGUUCUACUUUGUCAUGAUGAGCUUGAGUUUGACCACAGUUGUUCUCAGUCUCAUUGCAACAAGUCGACAGCAAUGCCCCCCGCUGUCAUGGCAUGUUCUCGAAGUGAUUGUCAACUUCCUCAUGGUGGUCGAGGUGUCGACAAGGUGGAUUGCGUACGGCAAGAAAUACCCCAUGACAUUGCUCAAUCUUCUCGAUCUGGGCCUUGUCCUCUUCUGUGUCAUCACACUCAUCCUGGUCUUCGCCAACCCGUGUGCCGAGGGAACCACGAGGCAGGAGGAGAUCCUUGACACCAUCCUUUUGACCAUCCGUAACGGCGUGCAGUUCCUGCGUCUUGGAAACAUUCUUCGACGAUCCGGGCACUCUCUAUUCAACCCUCCGAAGCCCAUGGACCUCAGUCAGGCACGACAGGCGUCCUUGGCUCUCGACCUAGACCUGGACAUCGACGAUGAGGAAGCGAUCGCCGAGCGCAACUUGACCAGCGGCCGCACCCUCGCAGGCUACCAACCCGUUUAUGCCGAUGACCGCACGCCUCCACGUGUUCAGUCGAACAACACUCUGGGUUCCAAUGAGCAUAUUGGAGAAGACCAAGAUGCUUGGAACCGAUAAUUCAGCGUGCAUGCCUAGAUAGACGCUUCUGUUGCAAUGUUGAGAUGCAGUGACAUUUACCUCAUUGUCAA